AGAGAGAGCUGGUCAUCUGAUAACAGAGCGGGUUCUGUUACACGCCUGUCAAAGACUCCCAGGAAGUCCUCUGCUGCGCAUGCACAGAGCGGCGCGGGGCACGAUGGGCCUGCGGACCGACCGACUGGCCCGCCUGAGCGGAGGAGUUGACGCUGUGUCGGAUUGUAAGCGCCGCUUCUGAAGCCAUGUGUUAAAUUCUGUUACGCUUCCUGGUUGGCAGCAUGGCAGUGUCAGAGCGUGUUACUCAAGCUAAAAGGGACUCAGACCGUGGAUGUGGUUUUGUUACACUGCAGCUUAUGAAAGGCUACUGUCCCAAGACAUGUCAUAGGACUCGAGACUUCACAAUGAAAAGACAGUAGUUGAACUGGCAUGAAACUAAAACAGUGUUCAAGGUUAUGGCUUUUAUUGAUAUUAUAUUUACUUAACAAAAACUGACAUUAUGAAAUGAAUGAAUUAGUUACACUGUUGUGUUUCUCUGCAUGGAGUGACUAGAUGAAUAGAAAUGCACGACACCAUACAACAGUCUUGCAUGAAAUACUAUCUUAAUCAAAACGAUCACUUUUUUGCUGAGAUUACUCUUUUAGUUGUUUGUAUCUUGUCUCAACUCUAUUGUAAUUCUUUGAUGCUGUAUAUUUCAGCGGAGUGGCAUUGAGCUACUUUACAUGAUCAUAUUGUGUUUCUGAUAUUUACAUAUGGAGGAGCACAGUAUUACAGUAUAAUGCAAUCCAACACCACAAAUUACAGACUCAAAAAUGACCGUAGAGUUUAAUCACCAUAUUUCUGUUAUUGUGUCAAAACCUAAGUUUGGUAAAAGUAGUAAGUCACAGCCGUUGCACUGGAUUAAAUAACGAUGUGUUUUUUAUUUGCUAGCCUGUGGCUGUACAGUUGGUCUGACUGAGACAAACAAGCAAGAAAACAAAAUCCUGACACGGUUAGAACAGUGUGAGAGUUUCCACGAGUUAUUACAGCAGCUACAGGUUUAAUUUUUCUACUUCCUUUGCUAUCUGGCAGCGCAAACAUGGACCUUUUUAUAACAUCAUAAAACCCCCUGGCUAGCUUCCUCGCAUUAAACUUUGCUCAACUUGUGGGUGGUGACCUUCCCUCUUAUGGAAGCAGGUCACACCAGGUAACAGAAGGAGAGUUUUUCAUUGACAUCUGAGCCGGAUUCCUCGGCAUCUAUACUGAACGCUAAGGAGUUACGAUUUGAGCUUGUGAGUUGUAACGCCCUGCCUCACCCACUACCUUUUCACUGGCAUUGUGUCUGUGUUUUGGCUCCACUUCCUGGUUCGUUUUUUUUUUUUUUAGUAAAAGCUGCCAGGCCGAGACCAGUCCAUGCAACUUCAGUUUUUAUCAGUCACUUGCCCUCUUCCUGCUUCUCUUGCAAUAUGACCAAUCAGGUUUCCUUCCACCACCGACACCAGCGAGUCACUUGGCAGUGGCCACUCUUCCAAGGAACUGCCACCCCCUCCCCAUUCCGAUUAUCUUCCAUUAUCUUGGUCCAACCUUGAACCCCUCUUGACCCGAGUAGGUGAUUCCCUCGCAGCAGGGUGGGGUCGGCAGGUUUUGUUGCCUCAAACACCAGUUGAGAUAGUCAGUGAAAUGAUAAAGAAAGGGUCAGGACAUGGAGAGCAAAGGGCCAACCAAAUUCUUCAACUUCUUGUUUGAUGUCCAGAUUUUUCACUUGUUUUCAGUCCAGACUUUGCCUCUGUAUUUCUGUAGCACUUAAUUAAAACGCUUGCAUGCAUUAAGUUGAGUAAAACUGGGAGUAUCCUGAUAUAAUUGUUCUCUUGUAAAAGCAACAAGCUAAUAACAAUUCACAUGGUGAUAUAAAAUUAAUAACUGCGCUGUAUUUUAGUACACAAAUGUGGCUCACCUGUGCUCCAUCAACAUUUAAGGUUUAAGGGAUCAAUGAUUCAGUUAUGUUUGCUCUGAUUGCUCCCGUUUAAAGUUGGGUUUCUCACUAGUUAUGAGUUCAAUGUUUAAUAAAAUGAAGCCAAAGAGAGGAUAUUUACUUUUCAGUUCAGUAGGGUUGAAUCAAAAGUUGUAGUAUCCAUUUAAAUACCUGACUUUUGUUGAUAGUCCGAUACUAAUUAUCUACUUUUUGCUUUUCUAGACUUCAAUAAACUAAAAAGUGUCAGUUAGGUAUUUUUGUUUCUAUCUAAGAAGCAUCUGAGGUUACACAGGGUUAACAGUUUGUUUCUUUUGUAUUUAGGAAUGACUGGUAUGAGUCAGCCAAAGACAGAGAUACUCCCAGAGUGGAAAUUCUGCAGUCCUUAGAUGAUACAUCUCAGGCAUUAUGAAAACACUUUUACUAACUGCUGCCACAGCCUGAUGCCAAUGUGUUUGUCGGUGAAUGACAAGAAAAAUUGGGUGUGACUGUGUUGGCAUGGAUGGUAAGAACACACACAGCACCAUCAUCUGAAGUAACAGUAAACUGGUUUGCAGCAGACCGGUGUGGGUUGUUUUGUUCCUCAAGUGUGACUUCGAUAUUGCUGUGUGUAGAUAUAUAUGGGAGAGGGAGGGGGGGUGCAGGGACGUCACGGAUGAGGUGGAGGUGAAGAGGGCGGAGAGGGGUUGGUCCUGUGUUAAAGCAGUCGUUUGACUUGCAAAGCAGGCCUGGGUGCUCUUCCAGUGAGCAUUGAGAGAAGGAACCUUCCCUGGAAGUGGAGCGGCCAGGGACUCUGAAAGCUGCUGCACCGCGUUGUGUUGGGUUUGCGGGCCUCGUCACCCACAGGCAUGAAUUAGUGAUAAGGAAUGUUUUUAAGCCAUGAGGAGGUGUCGGGAUCAGACAGGCAGACGGACAGACGGCAGGACGGAUACACGGGUGGGGGCUGUGCUAGGCGGCUCGGCGGCAGGCUGGUGGAAGAUGUCGUCAGGAGCCGGUGGGAGGGGUGGAAGGCGGCUCAGGGGGACGGCGAGCAGCGGCGGUGGUGGAGGUGGGAGGGGAGGGGCAGGAGAGGCAGAAGAAGGCCCCGUGGGGAUCCCGUUCCCUGAGCACAGCGCAGACAUCCUGGGCAGUCUGAACAAGCAGCGGCUCAGCGGCCUGCUGUGCGACGUGCUCCUGGUUGCAGAGGACCGGGAGUUCCCGGCUCACCGCUCCGUCCUGGCGUCCUGCAGCUCCUACUUCCACAAGCUCUUCACUUCGGGGGCCGCCGCGGACCAACAGAAUGUCUACAACAUCGACUUUGUGGCAGCAGAGGCUCUGGGAGCGUUGCUGGACUUUGCCUACACAGCUACAUUGACUGUCAGUCACAGCAGUGUGGCCGACAUCCUCGCUGCUGCUCGCCUCCUGGACUUCCCGCCUGUCAAGGACGUCUGUACGCACCUGCUGGACACCAAAGUGCUCUCCCCGCCGGCGGGCAGUGAGCGAAGAGAUGAAGAUGAAGAUGAGGAGGGGAAGAGCAGAGGAGGCAGGGAGCAGGGGAACCGAGUGCGGGCCCGGGAGUACCUGGAGUACUUCCAGAGAGGGGCGCACUGGAGCAGCAGCUGCAGCACGCCAGAGCUCAGGGACCUGCCCACGCACCUGCACUUUAACCACGGUAAUGGCGGGAUCCCCAGCAACGGGGCUCCUGCUGGCCCCGGUGAGUACUACUCCCCCCUGGCCCUCGCCUUGGCCCAGGCCCCCACACAGGAGCUCGAGGACGAGGAUGAGGAUGAGGAGGAAGAUGAGGACGGGGAGGUGGUGCAGGGGAACGGAGCGAGCCUGGUGUCGUCUUACUUCCCUUCGUCCCAGAACGGGCACUUCUACCUCCCCCCGGAGUCUCGGCUGGGGCAGGAGACAGAGGUGGAGGAUGGAAGUAGGGAGGCGACGGCGAGGGAGAGGGGUUCUGCCAGUGCCCUCCUGCAGCAGAUGAUGGACUCCAUCGAGAGGCAGAAGGACCGUGCAACAACCGGGGUGGAACAGGGAGAUGGGGACGACCCCGACAUGGAAUUUUACUUGAAUUAUUUUAACAGCACUCAGAACGAGGAUCCAGCUUCUGCGGCUGUGACAGAGGGAGUGCCGCCGCUCUGGUUGUCACGGGGCAGAACAGGCCAAGACAGAGGAGGAGGAGGAGGAGGAGGAGGAGGAGAGGGGGGAGUGGGAGAGAGAGGCAGCGGGGUUGGAGGAGGAGGAGGAGGAGGAGGUGGGGGCGGCGGCGGCGGCGGCGGCGAGAGGAAGAUGCGCUCUAAGGCCUUCCAGAAAUGCCCCAUAUGCUCCAAGGUCAUUCAAGGAGCAGGCAAGCUACCCCGCCACAUCCGAACGCACACGGGAGAGAAACCUUACGAAUGCGCCAUCUGCAAAGUGCGCUUUACCAGGCAGGACAAGCUCAAGGUUCAUAUGCGGAAGCAUACAGGAGAGAAGCCUUACCUUUGUACGCAAUGUGGAGCCGCCUUUGCUCACAACUACGACCUGAAGAACCACAUGCGCGUGCACACUGGCCUGCGCCCCUAUCAGUGCUCAAGCUGCUUUAAGACUUUCGUGCGCUCGGAUCACCUGCACCGCCACCUCAAGAAGGACGGCUGCAACGGCAUCCCCUCUCGUCGAGGCCGAAAGCCUCGGGUGCGGGAGCAGGGGCACCUCGACGCCCCCCUGGGCCUGCUGAGCCCCGGUUCCGAAACGGGGCCCCCCGGGCCUCGUACCAUCAGGGGGCGGCGGCGCUUGGAUGCGUCCUCGGCGCCGGAGCUGGAGGGGGCUGCUGGAGCCCAUGCACACAGUCCUCAGCUGCAGGAUUUUGCAGGGGAGGCAGGGCCCUGAGACUGCAGGGGCGACAAGGACACUGCUGGACACCAUAGUCAAUCUGCACCGCCUGUGAGACAGGCCAGUGAACAGAGAGGAGAAAGAACACACAAAGGCAAACUUUAAAACAACAACUAACUAUUCCUCUAUAAACCAAAUCAGGGUGUCACAAAAAAUCUAAUCUUUAUAUUUCUUUUUCCUUUUUUGUUUAGGAAAUGGAGUAGACUUGCAAGCACUUGAGUCGAUUUAUCUGUUGAAGAGCAAAGAACGCUUCAAAUCAUGUACCCAUGACGUCCACUUUCUGGGCCAUUUCUUUCUUUAUAAUAUAUUAGGGGUUUUAUACAUUGGCAUAUGUGCUUAGGCAAAUGUAUGAUAGAUACAAAGAAACGCGGAGCAACUAUGCAGUUGAUUUAGAUUUUUAUUGGUUUUGUCCUCACAGCCUUCAAGCUCUAAGCAAGGUGUCUAUCAAGCACCUUCUGGCUGCUGUACGGGUGAAGCGAGGACAAAUCCUCCCAGUGAAAAACAACUCUUUUUCUAUUCUUUUGCAGGUCUGAAAUGUACAGUUACCAUAGAAACAACAUUGCCACAACAUGGCAUAUGCAAGUAAACCUCACCACAAUUUUGAUGCAACAGUUUUUUCUCUCUCUCUAAAUGUUCCAGAAAGAAUCAGACGAGGGUUUGAUUGAAGUGUUACUUACUCUAUAAAAUGCAUCUAUGGUUUUGUCUUAUUGAAAAACAAAAAACUAAUUCACGUCGAGUCAAAUCCACUUUACUGGGCUCUUCAGUCACAGGACUCUGGGAACAUGAGGGGUGGAGGGUUUGUGUUUCUAAAGCACUACCAUCGUCGAUGUACCUGUUGGCUUUGACUACGUUGCCUCUUAACCCUCUCAGCCCUGCUAAUUUCAGCUUUUUUUUUUUUUUUGUUGUUUUUCCCUUUUUGAUUCUGUCUUAAUUUUUUUUUUUUUGUCGUCGUUCCUUUUUGUUGACUGCUUCGGGUACUUGACACUUUAUAAUUGUAUACAUGUAUAUACAGCAGGUGGUGAUAUGACAUUGGUCCCCUCUUAAUGCUGAGGUGUACUUACCAAUCGGGUUCUCUCCUCUUAGGCUUGAUGUCAUAUUUCUCACAGAGUGAAGCUUGUGGGUGAACGAAAAGAAAAAAAACCCUGUGAGUGUUUCGAUGAGAAAAAACAAACAAAAAAAACAUUGAAUCACCCAUAUGUCCUAAACUUAACACUUAACUUGUACAGUUCCUACCCAAAGGAGGAGGAGGAGGUCGAAUGAAUGAAUGUGCUUAACUUUGUGCAGUUUUUUCGGAAUCUGUCCUUGUGUGACAAGGCGCGGGUAGCAUUUAACCAACCGCAGGUUAAAGGAAUGGCAGGGAGCCCGAGUGAGAGAAUGACAAAGAGUACGCAGAAGAGAUGGAUGAGCACCUUUUUUUUUUUUCUACGUUUGCACAGCUUUACUAAAGAUAUCCAACAGCGGGAGAGAGAGGUAUAUUUAAAGGAAGUGGGCUGGUGUUUGGGGGGGGGGGGGGAGUGAGAGGAGGUUUAUGUAUCAUGCUUAUUCCAAUCUUUUUUGCCCUAGGGACCACACAACCGUGAGGCAACCUGUACGAUGAAGAGAGCAAUAAAUACCUGUCCAAGUUGGGAGGCCAAAUAGGAGCGCAGCUGCAGCUGGUUGAUGGGGGAGGGGAACAAGGGAAGGGGAGGGGGAUCUCACAAUGUCUGUUGCAUUCCAAAAAAUAAUCUCCCCCAGCUCAGCCACGUUUCCAGGCAGGAGGGGAUCAAAUCAGGCCUUUUCUCUCCCUCUGUAGUCCUCUAAUGCCCCCGAACUAGCCUGGAGGGGAUAUUAUUAUAUUAGAGCCUGGUGUUACUGUGGGUGGGACGCCUGGUGCUGGCAGUUUAGUGUGCGAGUGUGUUUGUGUGUGCAUGCGUGUGUGUGUGUGCGUGGCAGCCGGGGUCGCUCUGGCCACAUCAUCACUGUGUGAGUCAGCCACGGCCUGUUCAAACAUGCACCCUGAGCUGCCAGCCCCAAUGCACUUUCUCUGUCUUUCACACACACGUACACACACACAUACAAACAUACACACACACACACACUCUGCUCACUGGGUCCAGGUAUCCUGUAGAGAAGGGGGGGAAAACACCAGAGCUGAUCUAUCCGUUUGAAUGUUGUAAAAGACUGUGACUCUGGAUUUGUAAGUCUUUCCAAGUUGUGUUAUUGUGCAAAACUAGCACAUUUUGAGUCGAGAGACCCUCCCCACCCCAUUGCACCCUGUAGUAUUUGCAGUUGAGCUGUAGUUUGACUAUCAGUCCGUUGCAUCUUAAUUGGAUAGAGCCAGGUUAUGAAUGCACUUUGUUAUUGAGGAGGACACUUUUGUCAACGAAACGGGUACUUUGAAACAAACCAGUUGCAAAUGAGAUCAGUCCUUUCUUCUGUCCGUGGUGGUGAAGUUGAACUCCUCCACUGGUUCUGUUCAGGUUUUGAAGACAA